UUACAAAUUAUAUUUCACGUUUCUCCUAAUCAUGAUAUUCUCCCUUGUAUAAUAUUGCUAUUUAUGAGAAUAUUGUAUAUAAAUACGGUGUAGAUAUUUGUUGUUAACUUUAGCAAAGGAAGUGAUUGGCUUAAUAUAUUGAUUGACCAGACCCCAGCCAAGAUGCAAAAUGAAAUUCCAACACUGAUUGUCCUUCUUAAUGGUAAACGGAAGUCUGGGAAGGACUUUUUAGCAGAGCUGCUGAACAAAAGACUGGGAGCCGACAGGUCUGUAAUCGUUCGUCUGUCGGCGCCCAUAAAGUCCCGGUUUGCGGAGGAGUACCAGCUCGACUACAACAAAUUGCUCAGUGAUUCGGGCUACAAGGAGACGUACCGACAGGAGAUGAUUGUGUGGGGUGAGCGGAUGCGGGCGGUCGAUAACGGCUACUUCUGCCGGCUGGCGCUGGAGAUGGCCGGCGCCGACCGGUACCCCGUGUGGAUCGUCAGCGACACUCGGCGACGGACCGACAUCAGCUGGUUUCGGGAGAAGUACGGCGACCGUGUGAAGACAAUUCAGGUGAAAGCUAACCUGACGACACGGGAGCUGCGCGGAUUCGUCUUCACAAAAGGAGUCGACGACGCCGAGUCCGAGUGUGACCUGGACGGUGUCACGGGCUGGGACCUGACCGUGGUCAACAACGGCGACCCCCGGCCGCUGGACGAGGCCGUCGACACGGUGACAGCCUGGUGUACCCCAGAACGGUCGGCGUGAGACGAGAGCGACUGAAUGAACCCAAAAAGACACCGGAGGAUUAGACACCACUACGGAUGUGUUGGCCUCGGACGUAAGGCCUCAGAGCUUAAAGCACACUGUUGGUGCUGGUCUGAAUACUAUAAAUCCCUCCAACUACCUGUCAGGACGCGUCAGGUGCUGCGGGCGUGGCAGGGAUCUUCUGUCCUGUUCUUUCUCCGUCCUUUAUGCCGAUUGGGGCGAGCCGGUGCCAAUGGGAGUGUGGAACGGCUCUGUAUGUUACCGGUCGAAUUGCACCCUUUCUCUCUUACGGCUGUGGUUUCCAUAGGUGCUGGGAUCUGACCCGUCCGGAUAUGUCACAACAGGGUAACAUCCAUCACUUGCACUGGUGAUGGUGGGCAGUAUCACACCACUCGUUUCUGGAAGCAGUACUGAUAGUAUUCGCUGACUCAACCUCUUCCUGUCAAAUUUAAAUGAACAAACUGACAUGUCAUGGCGGUAUUUGUUUGACAGGUAAUUGAAAUGUUGGUGUCGCUGGAAGCAAUAUGGUUCGAGGAUGACGAACAUCUACUUUUGUGAUCAAACGUGGCCAUUUUGAGAAGUGUAUGGGCAGAUCGUCGGCGAUUGAAUGUGCUUGUACAUUCCUAAACGUAAAUACUCGGCCAUCGGGCUACUCCUGUGUCCUGACGAGGUCGGGACGCUGUUACGAGCGAUGUCUACGAGCGAUGUCUGUUGGAGAACGGAAAGUGGAGUGUUUCUACAGUGGUUUACGACCUGUUAUUUAUAACUUGUAGUAUUUUUAUCGUGUCACUUUUCUAUGAUGUUAACAUCGUCCAUGAGAGCUGUUGAGAAUUGUACGAGGACUGACGCACUGCCCUUCAGUAUUUAUUGAUGCACUGCACCCUUAUCAUGACGUUGCCAAAUAAAAUGUUCCUCUUUCUAA